AUGAGUGAAGAGCGAGGGGCGUCCAUCAGGAAGAAGUUGGUCAUCGUCGGGGAUGGCGCAUGCGGGAAGACCUGUCUGCUCAUUGUCUUCAGUAAGGAUCAGUUCCCAGAGGUCUAUGUCCCCACUGUUUUUGAGAAUUACAUCGCCGACAUUGAAGUGGACUGCAAACAGGUGGAACUGGCACUCUGGGACACGGCGGGUCAGGAAGACUACGACAGAUUGAGGCCUCUAUCCUACCCCGACACAGACGUUAUCCUCAUGUGCUUCUCCAUAGACAGCCCCGACAGUCUUGAGAACAUUCCAGAAAAAUGGACUCCUGAAGUGAAGCACUUUUGUCCCAACGUCCCUAUUAUCCUGGUGGGCAACAAGAAAGACCUACGGAAUGACGAGAACACGCGCAGAGAGCUGGCAAAGAUGAAACAGGAGCCGGUCAAGUCAGACGAAGGCAGAGACAUGGCCAACCGCAUCAGCGCUUUUGGCUACCUGGAGUGUUCAGCCAAGACCAAGGACGGUGUGCGGGAGGUGUUCGAAAUGGCCACUCGCGCCGCUUUGCAAGUCCGUAAGCGCAAGAAGAGGAACGGCUGUACGCUCCUGUGA